AUGAGUAUUAAUAAGGAUAAUUUGGAUAUGAUGAUGACAGGAAUAUCUAUAACAGAUGAUGCAGAAGCUGAUGUAUUAAAUGAUGAAACAUUUGGUGAUUGUGAUUUAGAAGCAAUUAAAAUCAAAUCAGAUUUUGGAGAAAAUGGGGAAUUUCUUGGAGAUAAUCCACCAGGAGAUUUACCGGCAUUUUUUGAUACAGAUGUACCUGAUACCGGUGGUAUUUCACUUGUUGACGAUGAUGAUCAAUCUCAACAACCAUCAAUUGAUGCUCUAUUAGGUGAAGAUCCGAUGCGUUUUUCAACAACAUCAAUACAUCGUCGACCAGGUCCAUUUAUUCAACAAUCAUCAAUAAAUCCAUUAUUUAAUAUGGCUAUAUCACAAGCACAAGAAAAUAAUCGUAUGAAUUUAUUUCCUCAACAACAACAACAACAACAACAACAACGAUCACAACAACAGCAACAACAAAUUCCGCGUGUAUCACCAAUGACAUUACCACAACAACAAAUAAAUUAUCAAUUAUUAAAACAAUUUGAACAAAUGUUAAUUAAUAAACAAGUACCACCACAAGAAAGGCUUAUUUACAUUCAGGCUAUGAUGGAAAAAAUGCAACGUGAUGCUAUAAAUGCACAACAACAACAACAAAUACAACUGCAGCAGCAACAAUUACAAUUACAACAGCAACAACAAGCAGCAAGACUUAUGAACUUAAAUAUCAACGGUCAUGAUCGUUUUCAUGAAGCAAAUCCAAAUCGAGUUUUAAAUAAUCCUAUGUUAUAUGCUCAACGUCAACAACUACAGCAGCAGCAGCAACAACAACAGCACCAACAACGUGAAACAUCCAUGCGUUCAAUGGCAAUAGGUGAAAUGUUGGAGCGAGCUCGUUUAGCUGCUGCAAAUGCAACAAAUUCCAAUAAUUCACGUUCUCAAUCACCAUCUGUUGGUAAUACAGGAAUGUCAUCACAAUUUCUGGAUGCCAUUCAACGUUCGGAUCAAAUACCUAUUGUUGAUAAUCAUCAACAACAUCGUACAGCUGAAUCUCCAUCAUCACCACUUGAUACUAUUGUUAGUCCAUCAUCAUCAUCACGUCAUUCAAGACAAAAUCGUCCAGCAAAACAUUAUCCUCGGCCACCACUUCUUAAUACAUGGCAAGGACGUGGUCCUGGUUAUGAUGAAUUUGCUGGUAUGAUGACUGAUCGUGAAAAACAAUGGGUCGUAAAAAUUCAACUUCAUCAAGUAUCACAAACACAAGAAGAAGAUUAUUAUUUUCAUAAAUGGUCACAACAAAAACGUCAUUUGCAACAGGUACAUGGUAAUCAAUCAAAUCGUCAUGAACAUCGAGGACAAUAUAUUAGUUAUCCAGUAUUACAAUUAUUAAAAUCAAUUCAACAAGAAAAAGAACUUGCACAACGCUUAUCUCAAUCAUCAAUUCAAGCAACAUUUAGUAACGUUAAUCCAGCACAUGCAUUACCAUAUGCAUCACCAAUACCAACACAACUUGGUAAACAAUCAAAUGCAACUCCACGACAUCCAAAAUGUAUUCUCGAUCUUGAUGGUCAAUUUGCAUUAGGUGCACGAAACAAUGCUAUAACACAUGAUAAAUAUACAUUAGGUUUAUUAUUAAAUAUUGAAAAUAUUCAUCGUGAUAUUUUACGUCUUGAUGAUGAUGAUGAAACACCCAUAACACCAAGUAAAACUCCAUCUGAAACAAAUACAUCAGAUGGUACAACAACAACAGCAGCAGCAGUACCAUCAGCAUCAUCAUCAAUAACAACAACAACACAAUCAUCAAUAAUUCUUGAUUCAAUUAUUGAUCGUUAUUUAAAUCAUCCUGAUUAUUUAUUUGCUGAUAUGUUUGCACAAUUUAAUAAAGGUCAAAUAUUACUUGAACGUCUAUAUCCAUAUUUAACAACAACAUCAAUAACAAAUCAUCUUGAAUUAAUGCUUAUACGUUUAUAUGGUUCAUUAAAUUAUAUGAUACGUCGUUGGCCAACAACAUUUCAUAUUGAACCAAUUGUUAUGAAUAUGAUUAGUCUUAUGCAACAACAAGUUAAUAUAAAAAAGACAACAUUUGAACAAUUAUUAUCACAAGUUUAUAUUUAUUAUGAUCAAAAAAUAAAAUCAAAAUUAUUAGAAUUAAAUCCAACUGUAUCAUCAAGUCCAUUUUCCGAUCCAGUUUUAUUUACAAAUUCUCAUACAGUGACUAUUUUAAUUGAACUUUUACUUACAUUAGAACGUCGAUGUUAUCUAUUACCGGGUAUGAAUUCAUCAACAUUACCUGUUCAAUUAAUGCAACAAUUACAACCACAAUUACAAUAUCAAUUAUCUGAACAUGUUCGUUUACUUGUUAAUGAUUUAUGUCAAGCACUUGUUUCAUGUUCAUCACCAACAUAUACACCGAAAAAAAUGCUUAAACCAUUUGCACAAGUACAACAACAACAAUUUACUUUACUUUGCAAAUUUCUUCGAAUACAAAUACCACAACAUAUAUAUGCUGCACUUGAAUCAAAACUUAUUUUUUGCUGUAUUAAAGAUAUUUAA